CACAGAGACCGACAGAGGCUGAUUCAGCUGCUGAAUGAUAGAUAGAAAAGAAAAGAGGGAAGACGCAAGUGACAGCAUCUCUGUGUGUGCACUUGGCUCUAAGUCUGCGUGUGCGUGUGUGUGCAUCAGUCUGUGUCUGUGCCCCAGCAGACAGCGGCGCACAGGUCAUCAAUGCAACUGUCAGAUGAUCCAAGGUCGAGGGGGCAAGACGGGGCUCCCCCAGCACUCCUGCCCUCUGUGUCCCACAUGAAAAGCAGCAGCUUCAGCGCUGUCCAACAGCAGGGCUACUCUGCAUCCAUCUUCCUCCGACGCAAAGACAAGCUGGAACAGACCCAGCAGAAGUGCAUUGCCAUCUUUGCCCUCCUCUGCUGCUUUGCCGUGCUGGUGGCGCUGAUCUUCUCAUCUGUGGACAUUUGGGGGGACGAUGAGGAUGGUAUCACAGAGGAUAACUGCAGCAGAGACUGUGGCAUCGUGCUUGUGGAGAAUAUUCCAGACGACCUCUUCCUCCCUGUGACUGGCAGAACCCACCUCCCUCUCUCUGCUGGCUUUCACACACUGUUGGACCAGGCAAAGCACUCGGUUGAGGUGGUGUCACCUGUCUGGGACUUAAACUCUUGGGACCUGGAAACAAUGCCAAGCACUGCCAAACAGGGUCAGCUUUUGUUCCAGAGACUGCUCAACCUGAAAUCUCGUGGGGUUAAACUGAAGAUUGCCAGCAGUCUGACUAACUCUGCUGAACUGAAGACCUUGGCAGCACACAAUGCAGAGGUUCAUUUUGUUAAUAUGACAGCUCUUACCAGAGGAGGACUUCAUUCCUCAUUCAUAAUAGUGGAUCGGAAGCACAUUUACAUCGGGAGCGCUGAUAUGGACUGGAGGUCACUCUCCAAGAGGAAAGAACUGGGGGUGGUGGUGUAUAACUGCAGCUGUCUGGCUCUGGACUUCCACCGAGUCUUUUCAUUUUACUGGCAGCUUCAUGAGAGGGACUACAUCCCCUCCAUCUGGUCAAAGAGAGUUACAGCCCUCUACGGGAAGAAUGACGCACUGGAGCUGCAACUCAACGCUAGCCAUGCCACAGCUUAUGUGUCUACCUCCCCUGAAGUCCUCUGCCCAAAAGAUCGCACCAGAGAUGUAGAAGCCAUUUAUCAAGUCGUCCAGAGUGCAAAGACAUUCAUCUUCAUAUCUGUGACUGACUACCUCCCUCUGGUGAACAGGAGAUUCAGAGGAACCUCAGUCACAAGGUACUGGUCACCUAUCGAUGAAGUGAUCAGAGAGGCUGUGGUCCUGAGAGGAGUCCGAGUUCGCCUGCUGAUAAGCUUCUGGAAGAAGACCCACCCCCUCACCUUUAACUUUGCCACCUCCCUCAAGUCACUCUGCAUGCAGCUGCACAACUGCUCACUAGAGGUGAGGUUUUUCAGUCACAGAGAGCAAAACGAUGACAUUCAACAUGGACUCAACCACAACAAGUACAUGGUGACUGACAAUGCUCUCUACAUCGGGAACCAUGACUGGGUUGGUAGCGACUUUGCUGUUAAUGCAGGAGUUGGGCUGGUGGUCCAAAUGAAUAAUAGUCUCAAAGACAGGGGAGCGACAAUCCUGGAGCACGUCAAGGCUGCUUUUGAAAGAGACUGGAGGUCGCGUUACGCUAAGAGCCUACAAGGAAGCAAAGAUCAUCAGGGCAAAUACAGAAACCUGCAACAAGUGAAAAUUCACACGGAGACUAAGGAGAACGAAUGGAACAGCCCUUUGUCUUUAUGAGCACAGAAUGUCUUUUAAAUCCUCAGAGAUCAUUGGCAUACAUACCAGAAAUAGAUUUUACCAACAUGUAUACAAUAUAAGAAUGUAGAGCUGCACUAUUAGACUUAGCUUUGAUUUUGUGACAUUAUUUUUAAUAGAUUCAGUUAGAAUCAACAAAGGUGACAUUGAAGUAAUGCUUUGACUACAGUAAUAAUAUCUAACUGCUUAAAUCACUGUCGACUGUUAUAUGAGCAUGUACUGUUGCAUGAAUAUUGAGAGCAAUAUUCAAAUACAAACUAUAUACUUGGACAAGCAAUAUAAUGAUUAUAAAAUCAAUAUGGUCUGUAUGUGUAAUCUAUAGAAAUAUCCCAACAAACUCACCAAAACAAAUCAUUUAAUACUUCAUGAUGACACUCCGAUUUUGUUUACAGUUUUAAUUUGUAUUUUAUAAACUUUUUAAUGCAUAGCAUUUAAGGGUUUUAAUGUGACAUGACAUCGCCUGCACUUUCUUGAAUGAUGCGCACACAGGGUUAAGCUGUAGCUUCACAGAUGCAAAGGCUGUUUAUCAUCGCAUUGAACAUUUUCAUCCGUCUUUAUAAAAUUUACAUUUUUGCCUAAUUGUUGUUGUGUUUUUUUUUACUCUCACUAAGCUGGGAAGCAGCAAACUAACAUUUAUGGCCAACAUUUAUAUGCAAAAUCCAGUCCUAGAGUCCUAGAAAGAGCUGCUACACAGAUAGACCAGAAAUUGAACUCAGUUUGAUUUGAAGUUUGUAUGACACUAUGAUACUAUGAUACUUUGUAUGAACUAUUUUCUCUAAUGAACUCACAGAGGCUGCAUUAGUGAAAUGUGUCCACUGGGGGGCAAAAAAACCUCUAAAACAAGCUGACAGACAAAAAAACUGUUAAGGUGUGUCAAAGUCCAGUAUUUUAAUCAACACAUUAAAGGUGCCAUAUUA